UUCACCAGCCACACCUUUUUGUCCUUAACACAUCAAUUCUUUCUUCUGCUUCUGGAACCCCAACAAAACAACGUGAGGAUUAUCAACUAAAACAUACUUAAGCGAAACUCUUAAUAUUGAAGCUCAAUUUUCCAUAAUUUCAUGGUGGCUCUAAGCUUCCAAACUGUCCAGCUUACGACUGUACCUCGAAAGAAUCAUUCUUUGCGGAAAUGGGUACCUAGAAAUUUGAUUAGGUGUAGAAUUGCAGAGGCGACAGGAGAGCCAGCUCCUAUGGGUCAGAAAACGAAGUACAAUGAUAGCUUCUUUGAGAAGGCAUUUAUGACUCUCUUUGCAAGGAAGAUGGAGAAAUUUGCUGCUCCAGCCAAAAAUGGGAAUGCUAGUAAAGAGAAAGGGUGGUUUGGGUAUGAUUAUGAGAGUUUCGUUGAUGCUUCAAAGAGAGUAAUGCAAGGAAGGAAUCGCCUGCAGCAGCAGCAAGUGGUUCGUGAGGUCCUCUUGUCCAUGCUACCUCCAGGCGCACCUGAGCAGUUCAAGAAAUUGUUUCCACCAACAAGGUGGGCUGCAGAAUUCAAUGCUGCAUUGACAGUGCCUUUCUUUCAAUGGUUGGUUGGCCCUUCUAAGGUUGUGGAGGUGGAGGUGAAUGGGGUGAAGCAAAGAAGUGGAGUUCAUAUAAAGAAGUGCAGGUACCUUGAGAAUAGUGGGUGUGUAGGGAUGUGUGUUAAUAUGUGCAAGAUUCCUACUCAGGAUUUCUUCACCAAUGAAUUUGGACUACCAUUGACCAUGAAUCCCAAUUUUGAAGAUAUGAGCUGUGAAAUGGUGUACGGACAAGCUCCACCUCCAUUUGAAGAGGAUCCAGUAUCCAAACAAUCUUGUUUUGCAGAAAUCUGUUCCAUGGCAAGUCCAAACCUCGAUGUUUGUCAUAAGCUGCAAGCUUGAAAGGAUGGUUAUUUGUUCAAUUGCCUGUAACAUGUAAUUAUUUAUACAUGUCAUCAUUGUUCUGCAAAAGUAUAUGUUGUUCUAAAUGUAAAAUUUAAGGCUCAAGUAUAAUAUCUCUUUCAGUUUUGUAAAUCUUGAGGAUCUGUAAUAAUUUUGCAAUAUCAAACCGAUAAACUGAAUAACAUUCUGCAAUUUCUUUGAGGCUGA